UAAAACAAUUGCCAAAGGAACCUAACCCAAACAGUGGUACAACCGCACGUUUUUUUUGCUCAUAUUUGUAUAUUUUUAAUUUCACUAAAUAAUGGUUUUGGCCAAUGUGAUUCAGCAGGUGGAAUUUUUCGUUCUUGCAGAGCUGCAGGUUUGUUCGAUCAAAAGCAUCGAGGCUGGGAAAGGAUUAAUGAGCUUCCCUACAUGCUUCCUUAGCUCCGCACACCAUUUAUAUAACCGCAUUAUACAAUAAAAGGAUCGCUAUUAAAAGCAAAAGCGGUGAAACAGGGAGUCUGUUUCUGCACAUGUUAUUCUUCCUGCACAGAUCUUCAUCUGCCUUUGCUGGCUGAGCUGGCUCUGCUCUCCUUUAUCCUCCUCUGUCUCCUCCUCCUCCUUUUAGUCAAAGCAGAGCCCAAGGAACAGAGCACUCACACUGCCUGCUUUAAGACUCGCCCCAUUGUUGCGUAGUUUGCAAAAAAAAAAAAAAACACUAUCUGUCUUUCUACUUGCUUCGACCCAGUGUGAUUGAAGCAAUCAAGAAGAGGGUUUAACUCUUAAUUGUGCAGCACGUCUGUUGGGAAUCAUGGUUCUGCAGAGAGUGAUCCGCGCUGUCAUCAUGGGACCUCCAGGAUCGGGGAAGGGAACCGUGUCAGCUCGCAUUACCAAAAGUUUUGGACUGCAGCACAUGUCUAGUGGGGACAUUUUAAGAGCCAACAUCAAGGAAAAAACAGAGCUCGGCCUGUUAAUGAAGUCCUGCAUCGAUCAGGGACAGCUGGUACCUGAUGACAUCAUGUCCCGUCUCAUCCUGAACGACCUGAGGAAGAUAGACAACAAUGGCUGGCUGCUUGAUGGGUUUCCUCGGACUGUGUCCCAGGCGGAGGCUCUUGAUCAUGCCUACUCUAUAGAUACAGUCAUCAACCUGAAUGUACCUUUCCAGACCAUCAAAGAAAGGCUGACCUCCCGUUGGACCCACAUCCCAAGUGGCAGAGUCUAUAAUACUGAUUUCAAUCCACCUAAAGUUCCUGGUUUGGAUGAUGUGACUGGAGAGCCUUUGGUCCAGAGAGAUGAUGACAGACCAGAGACGGUCACAAGGAGACUAAAGUCCUAUGAAAACCAAACAGAGCCCGUCCUAGAGUACUACAGGAGUAAAGGUGUGCUGGAGACCUUUACGGGGACAGAAACCAACAAGAUAUGGCCACACGUUGAAGCUUUCCUCCACAGAAAGUUCUCUGCCCUCAGUCAAAGAGCUGCAUAACCGCCGAAGUACAAAGAUUACCUGAAGGCUACUAAUGGAAAACCGUCCAAUCAAGUUG